UUUCUGCGGCGGAAGUGGGAAGUAGGAAGAGCUGCACAGCUGUGGUGCUUCGUGGCUAACAGAGAGGCUAACAGAGGAGCUAACCUCAGCGGUGAAAAUACCAGGAUCCGUUCACUAAACAGGACGACUCGACAGCUACUGAGAGACUCCGAGUCCAAUAUGGGAAAAGGUGGAGGUACCUUUGAACGGCUUCUUGAUAAAGCCACCAGUCAGCUGCUGCUGGAGACUGACUGGGAAUCCAUCCUGCAGAUUUGUGAUCUCAUCCGACAAGGAGAUGCACAAGCAAAAUAUGCUGUUGGGGCCAUCAAGAAGAAGCUUAGCGACAAAAAUCCACAUGUGGCUCUCUACGCACUUGAGGUCCUGGAGUCAGUGGUGAAGAACUGUGGCCAGACAGUCCACGAUGAGGUGGCAAGUAAAACAACUAUGGAGGAGCUCAAGGAUUUACUGAAGACGGAGCCAAAUGUCAGAAACAAAAUCCUGUACCUGAUCCAGGCCUGGUCUCACGCCUUCCGCAACGAACCCAAAUACAAGGUGGUCCAAGACACCUAUCAGAUCAUGAAAGUGGAAGGUCAUGUGUUCCCUGAGUUUAAGGAGAGUGAUGCGAUGUUUGCAGCAGAGAGAGCCCCGGACUGGGUUGAUGCCGAGGAGUGCCACCGGUGCAGAGUCCAGUUUGGAGUCAUGACAAGAAAGCACCAUUGUCGAGCCUGUGGCCAGAUCUUCUGUGGCAAGUGUUCGUCUAAGUACUCCACCAUUCCCAAGUUCGGCAUAGAGAAGGAAGUGCGUGUGUGUGAGCCCUGCUUUGAGCUGCUUAACAACCACCCCUCCCUCUCUCCUCCUCUCAGGAAAGCUGAGGGGAAAGCCCCUACCCCAAGUGCAGUCGAGCUGCCUCCUGAGUACCUGACCAGCCCGCUGUCCCAACAGUCCCAGGUAGAAGUGGAAAAUAUGCCCCCGAAGAGAGACGAGGCCGCUCUGCAGGAGGAGGAGGAGCUGCAGAUGGCCAUCGCCCUCUCCCAAAGCGAGGCGGAGGAGAAGGAGCGCAUGAGGCAUAAGAGCUCCUACUCAAUGUAUCCCAAAGCUGAUCCCACUCCAGUGACUUCCUCAGCACCGCCUGUCAGCACCCUCUACACCUCCCCUGUGAACUCCUCUGCUCCAUCAGCUGAAGAUGUUGACCCUGAGCUGGCCCGCUACCUGAACAGAACCUACUGGGAGAAGAAACAAGAAGAGGCUCGCAAGAGUCCCACCCCCUCAGCCCCGGCCCCCGUGCCUCUGGCUGAGCCCGCUCCACCCAUCAGUCAGCCAGUAGAAACUCAUGUCCCUGUGCAGCCAGUCAGCAUAGUGGAGCAGCCGUACCAGAACGGGGAGUCGGAGGAGAACCAUGAGCAGUUUCUGAAGGCUCUGCAGAACUCUGUCACCACCUUCCUUAACCGCAUGAAGAGCAACCACAUGCGUGGGCGCAGCAUCACCAACGACAGCGCUGUGCUCUCACUCUUCCAGUCCAUCAACAACAUGCAUCCUCAGCUGUUGGAUAUCCUCAACCAGCUGGAUGAGAAGCGAUUGUAUUACGAGGGGCUGCAGGACAAGUUGGCUCAGGUGCGAGAUGCUCGGGCUGCCCUCAACUCACUGCGGGACGAACACAGAGAGAAGCUGCGCCGCGCCGCCGAGGAGUCAGAGAGACAGAGGCAGAUCCAGCUGGCUCAGAAACUGGAGAUCAUGAGGCAGAAGAAACAGGAGUACCUGGAAAUGCAGAGACAGCUGGCCAUUCAGCGCCUCCAGGACCAGGAGAAGGAGAGGCAGAUGCGUCUGGAGCAGCAGAAACACACAAUCCAGAUGAGAGCACAAAUGCCUGCUUUCUCUCUGCCAUACGCCCAGAUGCAGUCUUUGCCCCCCAAUGUGGCGGGAGGGGUGGUGUACCAGCCUGGUGCUCCACCCAGCUACCCGGGCACCUUCAGCCCUGCUGGUUCUGUGGAGGGUUCACCUAUGCACAACAUCUAUAUGAACCAGUCAGGGCAGAAUGCACCUCCACAGUACCAGGCCAUGCCCAAUGUUGCCCCAGAUCCAAAUAUGGUUAAUGCAUACAUGUACCAGGCUGCAGGCACCAACGGGCAGCCUGCUCCUCCUCCCGGUCAAGCUCCGCCCACUACAAGUCCACCUUACUCCAACUAUCAGCCCACACCCACACAGGGCUACCAGCAGAAUGUGGUCUCGCAGGCACAGAGUUUGCCCCCCAUGUCGCAGCCUGCUCCCACUAACGGUAUGGGCUACAUGGGCUACCAGCCUUACCCCAUGCAGAACAUGAUUUCAGCAUUGCCAGGACAGGACCCCAACAUGCCCCCCCAACAGUACAUGCAAGGACAGCCGCCCAUGUACCAACAGGUGGCCCCCCCUGGAGGCCAGCAGCAGCAACAACAACAGCAGCAGCAGCAGCAGCAGCAUCAGCAGCAGCAGCAGCAGCAUGUUCCUCAGGCUGUGCCCGGCAGUGCAGAGGCUCAGCUCAUCUCCUUCGACUAAAAGCCUGCAGGCUGCAGUCCCACACACUACACCCUCUCCUCUCUUUCACCUCACUCUCCGGACUCUCUGCCCCCUGGAAACACACCCCCCCUCACCUCCGACCUUGCUGUGAUGUUGUGGCAAUGUAAAAUAUUGUGAUGAUGUUGCAGAACUCUCUCCCUCUUUGCAUCACCGCCAUUGAAGAAUGGAAAUGUCGGGUGACGCUGCAAAAAGAGGGCACCAUAACCCCGACCCUUUCGACCUCUUCUCCCCUUUUUCCUGCUGAUAUGUAUGUCGUUUUUCCUUAUUAAAUGAAUAACUGAAGCUCAGAAAUAGUCAGUGGUGUCAAGGUAAAAAAAAAAAAUGAAUACGAAAAUAUAAUAAUUGAGGAGAAAAAAGGACAAGACAUAACCAUCCUUUGUCUCAUAUUUUUCUAAAUCAAAACUGUGCAUGUUCAAUUUUCAUUAUUUUAUGGAAUGGAAGUGAAUUGCUGCAACUAUCGAACAGUUAGGGCAGUGAUUGAGAGAGAUUGUGGGUGUGAGGAUAAAGGGAGAUGUCUAGGGGUAGGAAAUAAAUGGCACGAACUCACAUCUCCGUCAGUUCGCCAUUCCAGCUGAACUAGUUGUAUUUUCAUCCUUUCUCAUGAGCACACAAACUAGGGUUAUCUUCUACUGUUUUGGCAUUUUAUUCGUUGUGCACUGCUUGGAAUUUCGGAUGUCGUAAUGUAGUAGGGCUGUGCGAUUAUGGCAAAAAUCAUAAUCACGAUUAUGUUGGUCAAUAAUUGAUAUCACGAUUAUUAAAAACGAUUAUCCAUUUACUUUGAAAACAUCCAUAUAUUGAAAAAAAAAUUGAACAGUAUGUUUUUAACAGUUGAUUACCCUGAACUUUAAGUAUAAUUCAACUGAAAAACCAAUACAAAUAAUAAUCGUUUUAUUUCGAUUACAUUGUUUUCGUAAUCGUUGCAAGCCAAAAUCGUAAUCGAGAUUAAAAUACGAUUAAUUGCACAGCCCUAUAAUGUAGUUUCCUAAAUGACAAAACACGUUGCAGGGAUUGUACAUUGUAUGAAGAGUGUCUUAAAAUUACUUGGGUAGUUGUUUAAUCCCCAAUAAAUAUAUAAUUUCAUAUAGUUUAAUCAUUGAAAUGACAUAACUAGUGACUAAAAAAAGCUACUAAAAGCUAUACAGCAACUCUAAUAUAAUUCUGCAUCUGUUUAUUAAAAAUGAUUUGUGUUGCCGAUGAUAACGCACUGUCACAAGAUAAGACCAGACUGAAAAAACCAUAGGGCUUCAAACCUAAUAAUAACAACUGCACCCAUCCUAAGAGCAAAUGUCCCAGAUCAUAAUAUACAUAGUAAGUACAAUUGGGGACUCUUUUCUAAAGUGUACUCUGCUCUCAACAAAUGUGGAAUUGCUUGCUGAGGGAAAAUGAUGUGCCGCAUGUAUGUAUGUAUGUAUGUAUCACGCACCCAAUCAGUGAUUUCUGUAACCCUUCAGUUGCCAUCUGUGAACUUCUUUAUUCCAUCAUACUGAUCUGUCUGACUUUAAAGGUAAUUUUAAAACUAUAUUUAAUAAAUAUCUGGUUCUUAUUGUC